UAGAAACGAAAAAGAAAAAAAAAGAAAAUUGAAUACAUGGACCAGUGAACAGACUGAAAUACGAUUGAAAUUACAUUGUUUACUCCUAGAAGUUAAACUAUGAAGCACUUUAGAGUCUGUAAACUAAGCAGGCGGAGAGACUUGUGGGUGUUCCUGAAGAGCGAGGUUGGCCCAGUGGGUGGGGUUAGUGUAACGGCUCAGUUCUCCACUAGAUGGCGCUGCUUAGCUUACUGGGGCAGAUUGUUGCAGUGCUUGUAGGCGCGUAUGCGCGUGCGCGGGAGCGGUCAAAAUGGCGUCACCCAACUGCCCCGUCUCUAGUAUUUGAACUCCGUUCUCCCCGACCAGCAAUCGCACACCUAUCCUUUGUCUCUGGCUUUUGUCCACUCCCCGUGUUUACACUGUCCGUGACCAAGCCAUCAGGUUGCCAGGCGGCACCUCCCUCGUGAGUUUUAUUCCAGAUGCGGCUGUGUUUCCUGGCCCCUCACUUCUGAGAGACUGCGGUUUUGACCCUUUCUGCCCCUCUGUAGGAGGGUGUCAACGAGCAAUGGCCAGUGCCGGCUGCACCCAGGAACAUUUAUGGGACUGUGCUGCUGCUGAUGCCCAGAGACUGAGGCUGGGUGCCAGCCCUCCCCAGAAAAAGUUCACGCAGUUGUGUAGCAGCAGUGUUUCAGGAAUUGUGGAAAAUCACAACAUGCAUCUGGCACCAGGCUUCACCCUUAAGGAACUUGUUCCAGCACCAGCGAAUGCCGUUGUUCUUUGCGGUCAGCUGAGACCUCUGGAAUCGCAGCGGUGGCCACACAGACUCUACCAAAUGUCCUCCCAGCAGGGGAACCACUUCUCCCCGUGUGGCCCGAGAACUUCUCGGACCCCACUCUGCUCCUGGGAAUUUGCCCUUCCCACCAGAGCACCACCAGGACAACCUUGUGAGGCCUCUCCGUGACUCAUCCCUGAACCAAGAAUAUCUGCCAUAAAUGCCUGAUUCUGCCUGUAUGGAGAUUUCUCUUCCUUCAAGAUUUGUAAGGUAACAACCCUUCCUUCAGUCAGCAACUGGAAUUCUGCUAGAAUUUUAAUGGUGUGGUUUUGCCUUUACUUCCCCGAGGAGGACAUGUGUUACAGGUUGACCAGUCAGAAGACCUCACAAUCCUGGAUUUACGCAUGUGACAGAAACAAGGCCAAUUGCUCCUGUGCUCUAAGGGGAGGCCAAUUCCCCCAAUAUCAGGAUCUCUGCAGCCCAGCCCUGAGGCAUCCAUUCUCUGAAGCAUAGACACCACAAGGACUGAACAAGAUCAAGAGACUCCAGGCACAGUCCCCCCUGGAAAGCAUGUGGACUCUGGUCACCCUGCGGCCCCUCACUCUGCUGCUCCUGCUGCUCCUGCUACUGCAGCCACUGCAGUUGAAAAUCUUGCACAAAUAUGUUCCGUUGUCAGCGGAAGAGAUAGAGCAAUUUGAAGAUUAUUUGGAGGAAAUGCGCAGCACAGGACCUACCCUACCAACCCCUAAGGAUGUUUUCAAAAGGCGCACCAUUAUUGAUCCGGGAAGACCCUUAACUGAUUCCAACUACUGCACUGAUGAAAUAAAGAUGAAAAAUGUCCACAACAGAUUCCGUUGUGUAAAAGAACAUUUCUUCCUCCAGAUAUCAUUUGAGGAACUGCAAGACAUCUGUAACAACCUGUUUGUGUCUUGUAAGAAUGGGGUGAAGAGAUGUCACAGGAGCAGGCAAUCAAUAAAAGGAGUGUACUGUAAUUUAAUCGAAGGAGUGGUAAUGACAGACUGUGUCUAUGAAUCUUCUUACAGGCAGGGACAGGUCCUUAUGACUUGUCGAUGGCAAAAUGAUAUUCAAGAAGUUAUCCCUGCUUACAUAAAUGAUAUUAUGGAGAUAAAUGAUACUAUCAAGGAGAAACAUGUCCUCCACGGUUACUUCCAGUGACCCUUCUAAAAGAGUAUUCUCUAAGACGCCAAGAGUAGGACACAUCGCUCGCCAUAUGGAUCCUUACAGUUCAAAAUUGAGAACGGUAACGUUGAUCCUAUCAAUUUUAAUCAUCCACCUUCUUCCCUUCUUCUCCUGACACCAUGCAAACAAUGUGGGCUAAGUUCACAGACGGUGCUCUGGGAUGUGGCUUCAAACAGGUCACGUCAUUUACCACAUUUUGGAUGUGUUUGGAGGGUGAAUGCUUGAAGGGAAAGGGUGGCUGGCUCCAAGAGGGACAGGAAAUGGUUAUCUGGAGUGUGCUCCUAUGUUGUCUUCAUGUACAUCUCUAGCUCAGUAGAAAUAAUAAAGUGCAUUGACCUAG